AUGCCUGCGACACUGAGGAGGACGCUGUUGCUGGCCCUGUGGGCCGGCAGCCUGGUUUCCAGCUCCUGGGGAGCUGAUUUACCUACUACCGAUAUAGUAGCCUCUAACCCUAGUAUCACUCCUGCUCCGGUAGCAGGAGCUUGGCUGGCUGAGUCGGAUUCUGCCGCCAUUGAGCAUGAGGUGGAUGAAGACGAGCACCCUCGGCUGGUGGCUAGAAAGAAGAAAAAGAAGACAAGCAAGAAGUCGAGUAAGACGAGCAAAAAGUCCAAGACAAAGACUUCUACUUCGACCAAGGACACGACCACUCACACGACGAGCACAAAAUCCAAGACUUCUACUUCGACCUCGACCAAGGAUACGUCUACUCACACAACAAGCACCAAGUCUCCCGAGUCUCACAGUACCUCAACCUCAACCAAGGAUACUUCUACUUCCACGAGUACCAAGACACCAGAGGUACAUAGCACCUCGACUUCGACAGAGGCUACACCUACUCAUACGACCAGCACCAAGACACCUGAGGAUCAAAGUACCUCGACGUCGACGAAGGCCACUCCUACGCAUACGACCAGCACCAAGACACCCGAGAGCCACAGUACCUCAACAUCGACCAAGGCCACACCUACUCACACUACGAGCACCAAGACACCCGAGGGCCACAGCACCUCGAGUAGUGCGGCUUAUGAGACCUCUGCAUCGGGAGGCCAGUUUGUGCAAACCCCAACUCCAGGGACAUCAACACGGACAGUCUCGGAGGGGUCUGCUGCAGGCACUUCAACUCACAGUCAUACCACAAGCCCAGGGUCGUCUACUAGCGGCAGCCACACGCAUACGACGAGCACUGAAUUUCAUCAAUUGUCCUCCAGCGCUGCACACCACCAUACAAGCACAGGGUCUGAGCACCCGACCUCCACCCCUGAAUCGCACUCUGCAUCGCACUCUGCGUCCCACACUGCAUCCCACACCAUAACCUCGGGAUCUGCGCACAUAACCAGUAGCAGUGCCGUUGAGACUUCAUCUCAUACUGUGUCAUCAUCUAAGCCAAUCAUUUCUUCGGGCGUUGCAACUUCCACAAGUGCUACACCGGUUAGCUCUGAAGCUGCCCAGCCGACUGAUGAUGGCUCGGGUGAUGAUGGGGAUGACGGAGAGGAAACUGGCGAUGACUCUGGGGAAGAUACCGGCGACGAUUCUGGUGAUGACACUGGCGAUGACGGAGAUGAUACUGGUGAUGACACUGGUGACGAGUCGGGCGAUGACUCUGGUGAUGACACUGGAGACGAUACUGGCGAUGAUACUGGCGAUGAUACUGGCGAUGAUACUGGCGAUGAUACUGGCGAUGAUACUGGCGAUGAUACUGGCGAUGAUACUGGCGAUGAUACUGGCGAUGACACUGGAGACGAUACUGGCGAUGAUACUGGUGAUGACACCAGCGAUGACACCAGCGAUGACACCGGAGAUGAUACUGGCGACGACACCGGCGAUGACACCGGAGAUGAUACUGGCGAUGAUACUGGUGAUGACACCGGCGAUGACACCGGAGAUGACACCGGAGAUGACACUGGUGAUGAGUCUGGCGAUGACUCUGGGGAUGACACCGGCGAUGACACUGGCGACGAUUCUGGUGACAAUUCCGGUGAAGAUUCCGGUGAAGAUUCCGGCAACGAUACCGGAGAUGAUUCUGGUGACUCUGAUGAUGGCUCAGCUACCACUACCUCGCCUGCCACUUCAUCCUCCGCGUCUCCAGCUGCCAGCUCAAGCGCAGCUGUCUCGGAACUGUGCAGCCCCCAAUGCACUGAAUGCCUGUCAACUGACACAACCGAUACCUCAGGCACGUCAUUCAGACGGUCCGGUCUAUUCAGCAGAGGGCUCGCUCAAAGGGCCUCCAGCUUUCUCGCCUGGAUGUCCACCCAGAUGCAGACCGCACAGCCCCUUGUCAAGAGCACUAGCGGCGUAACGACAUCUACAUUCGUCGUUUUUGGCAGCGGUACAAGCAGCCUUUCCCAGGCUAAUGUUCGCGGAUGCACUGUUCUCUACGUUGUCUCCAAGUACGCUGUGUACGAGGCGCACCUGUGGGAAUCCCCGGGAUUUGUGUCGAGCCAGAACGGCACUGUCGCCUUCAACGAGCAAUCAUUCCAGACCAACAUUAUCAGCUACCUGACGAACGACGUGAACCUCAAGCUGCCACAGCUCACUGGCACCGCUGCGUACCCCGACCCUGGCACUCAGAUCUACAUUGGCACGCCUGUAGCUGCCACCGGACAAGGCGCAAAGUACGUGUCUCAAAUCUCGCGCAUCGCAUCAACAGUCAACCAAAUUCUUGGGCUGUCUUCUGAGCCGGCUGAGUACUACUACACGCCCACUGGCACGGACGGUGAAAGUAACUGGCUAUUCCAGUACAAUGAGAACGCCUGCAACAAACCUGUGUGGCAGAUUUGGUAUGGUGGUGUGGCGGAUAAUGCGCUGUGGUCAUCCAGCCAGACGUCUAGCUCCUGCGCCUCUAGUGCAGCGACGCCUUCUCGCACACCAGGAGUUCCUGCCUAUACCCCGUCCACCAUGAUUGUCAUGCCUAAAGCGACACCUGCUUAUUAGCGGGGCUGCUACUAAUUUCUCGAACUCGAGCAUGAGCUGAGCCUUGCUGCCA